AUGAAUAGAGUUAUCGAUCAUAUCAAGUGCGCAUUGAUAUGUAUCAUUAAUUUAAUUAAAUAUAGAUAUUUUAGACCAAAGGUGGUAGAGAAUGUAAUUACUAUUGCUAGAAGUAGUCCAAAUAAUAAUAAUAAUAAUAUGAGAUGUCAAACAUCAACAAGAAAUACGUAUAGUGAUCACAAUAGUGAAUAA